AUGGGAUCCAGAAAAACGAAGUCCUCCCCUGCUCCAAUGGAGAAGCGCGGAUAUGAGUUUGGAGGCCCUCUCGGUGCUGCAGUCCUCACCUUCGGCCUACCUGUGCUCGUCUACGCGAGCAUUUUCCUUUGCAACGACGUGUCUGGAUGUCCUGCCCCGGCCCUGCUACACCCAAAGACCUUGACCCUCGAGAAAUUGAAGCAGCAAACACCUUGGCCGGAAAAUGGCCUGAUAGGUUUGUUUGACCUGGAGGUCACGGCUUGGGUGCUUGCAUAUUAUGCGCUAUUGCUUGCAUUACAGCUGUUGCUCCCUGGCCAAGAGGCGGAUGGCAUAACCCUUAGCACAGGGGGAAGACACCACUACAAGUUCAAUUCAUUCAAGUCGGCCGUGUUGAUUCUCGCCGGACUUGCGAUUGGUACUGCCAUCCAAGGCACGGACUUUGUCGUGUGGGACUUCAUCUGGGACAAUCUGCCUCAAGUGCUGACGGCCAACCUGAUUAUCGCGACAUUCCAAGCUAUCUAUACCUACCUGGCCUCCUUCAAUGUCCCUCAUCCCGGGCAGCCGAAUCCAGAGAAUCGAGAAUUGUCUCUCGGAGCCCAGACGGGCAACAUGUUGUACGAUUAUUUUAUGGGUCGAGAGUUGAACCCUCGCAUCACAGUUCCUAGUUGGAUUCCGAUUGCAGGAGGCCAGGUGAUUGAUAUCAAAGUCUUCAACGAGAUGAGACCGGGUCUACUAGGUUGGGUCAUUCUUGACCUGGCCUUCAUUGUUCACCAAUACAAAGUCCAUGGCUUUGUGAGCGAUUCCAUCAUACUCAUUACACUUUUCCAGUCCUUCUAUGUCAUGGAUGCUCUCUAUAUGGAACCCGCGAUUCUAACCACAAUUGAUAUCAUCAAUGAUGGGUUUGGCUUCAUGCUCUCAUUUGGCGAUCUCGUCUGGGUACCUUUCAUCUACAGCACUCAAGCUCGGUAUCUUGCCGUCUAUCCUCUGACUCUGGGAAUUACUGGAAUCGCCGGUGUUCUAGCAGCGCAAGGACUAGGCUACUACAUCUUCCGGUCCACAAACAACGAAAAGAAUCGCUUCCGGACCAACCCUAACGACCCUCGCGUGUCGCAUCUCGAAACCAUCACCACGGAAUCCGGCUCCAAACUACUUGUUUCUGGCUGGUGGGGCCGUGCCCGACACAUCAACUAUCUGGGCGACUGGAUCAUGUCCUGGAGCUACUGUUUGCCUACCGGUGUGGCAGGCUAUGUCAUCAACAAGUACCAGAAUCCAGUCACCGGUGCUGUUACUCAGGAAGUUGUGCAAGGGGAUGCGCGAGGCUGGGGAAUGAUCUUCACUUACUUUUACAUUGUCUACUUUGGGGUUUUGCUUGUUCACCGAGAGAUGCGCGACGAGGAGAAGUGUCGAAAGAAAUAUGGCAAAGAUUGGGAACGGUAUUGUCAAAGAGUGAAGUGGAGGAUCAUACCCGGCAUCUACUGA